UUAGCUCUAUGGCGUCCCUGCUGUAGGCGCUCGGCGCAUGCGUAUUGCGAAGACGAGAGGAACCAGGAACCGGCGGCGGGCGAGCGUGGUUGUGUUUAACCUUAGCGGAGCCGCUGGCCAUGGGCUGAGCUUGACGGGCUCCGGGAUUUCGGCGUGACAGGGCCGGGCAUAAGGCGGCCGCAGUGAGGGCUUUGGAGGAGGCCUGGCUCCGAGGAUGGAGAGAGCCAUGGAGCAGCUAAACCGUCUCACCAGGUCCCUGCGCCGUGCCCGCACUAUCGAGCUGCCGGAGGAUAGUGAAACUGCUGUUUACACGUUAAUGCCGAUGGUUAUGGCUGAUCAACACAGAUCUGUUUCAGAGUUGCUGUCAAAUUCAAAAUUUGAUGUCAAUUAUGCAUUUGGACGUGUGAAGAGGAGCUUGCUUCACAUUGCAGCUAACUGUGGAUCAGUUGAAUGUCUAAUUCUGUUGCUAAAAAAAGGUGCAAACCCUAAUUACCAGGAUAUUUCUGGGUGCACUCCACUUCAUUUAGCUGCUCGGAAUGGCCAGAAAAAGUGUAUGAGCAAACUACUGGAGUACAGUGCUGAUGUCAACAUUUGUAACAAUGAAGGUCUGACAGCAAUCCAUUGGCUUGCUGUUAAUGGACGAACAGAACUGCUUCAUGAUCUUGUUCAGCACGUUUCCAAUGUAGAUGUUGAAGAUGCAAUGGGGCAGACAGCCCUUCACGUUGCUUGUCAAAAUGGCCAUAAGACGACCGUUCAGUGUCUUUUAGAUAGUGGUGCAGAUAUUAACAGGCCCAAUGUUUCAGGAGCAACUUCUCUCUACUUUGCUUGCAGCCAUGGUCAAAGAGACACUGCACAGAUUCUUCUGAUGAGAGGAGCCAAAUACUUGCCAGAUAAAAAUGGAGUCACCCCACUUGAUCUUUGUGUACAGGGUGGUUAUGGAGAGACCUGUGAAGUUCUAAUACAGCAUCAUCCUAGACUUUUUCAAACAAUUAUUCAAAUGACACAAAAUGAAGAUCUUAGAGAAAACAUGUUGCGCCAAGUCCUAGAACACUUAUCUCAGCAGAAUGAAAACCAGUACCUUAAAAUCUUAACGAGUCUUGCUGAAGUAGCUACUACAAAUGGCCAUAAGUUGCUUAGUUUGUCAAGUAAUUAUGAGGCACAAAUGAAGAGUUUGUUGAGGAUAGUGAGGAUUUUUUGCCAUGUCUUUCGUCUUGGCCCAUCCACUCCCAAUAAUGGAAAUGAUAUGGGCUACAAUGGAAAUAAAACUCCAAGAAGUCAAGUGUUCAAGCCUUUGGAAUUACUCUGGCAUUCAUUAGAUGAAUGGCUAGCCCUAAUAUCUGCAGAAUUAAUGAAGGAUAAAACCAACAUCUCUUCUAUCCUGCUGAAGCCAAAAGGACCCAAUCAGCAAGAAGAUAGCAUUCCUGCACCGACCUUUGAAGUUCCUUCAACGGAAAUAGGUGCACUUUCUGCAGAAAGAGAGGAAUCUAAAAUGUAUGAAGUUGGCAGUGCCCAAGAAGCUUACGCGGACUGCCAAGAUGUUAUUUCUGUGACAGCAAACCGGCUGAGUGCUGUCAUUCAAGCAUUUUAUAUGUGUUGCUCUUGUCAGAUGCCUCAGGGAAUGACAUCUCCUCGCUUCAUAGAAUUUGUGUGCAGACACGACAAUGUUCUUAAAUGCUUUGUAAACCGAAAUCCUGAAAUUAUAUUUGAUCACUUCCAUUUCCUUCUUGAGUGCCCCGAACUUAUGUCCAGAUUUAUGCACAUCAUAAAAGCACAGCCAUUUAAAGAUCGCUGUGAAUGGUUUUAUGAACACUUGCACUCAGGACAACCGGAUUCUGACAUGGUUCAUAGGCCUGUCAGUGAAAGUGAUAUUCUGCUGGUUCAUAGAGAUUCUAUUUUUAGGAGCAGCUGUGAAGUUGUAUCUAAAGCAAAUUGUGUAAAGUUGAAGCAAGGAAUUGCUGUACGUUUCCAUGGUGAAGAAGGCAUGGGUCAAGGUGUGGUACGUGAGUGGUUUGAUAUCCUUUCCAAUGAGAUUGUUAACCCAGAUUAUGCCCUUUUUACUCAAUCAGCUGAUGGAACCACUUUCCAGCCCAAUAGCAACUCUUCUGUGAAUCCUGAUCACUUGAACUAUUUUAGAUUUGCUGGACAAAUCUUGGGUUUAGCUCUUAAUCACAGACAACUAGUCAACAUUUACUUCACAAGAUCGUUUUACAAGCACAUUCUUGGUAUUCCCGUAAACUAUCAGGAUGUGGCAUCUAUUGAUCCAGAGUAUGCAAAGAACUUGCAGUGGAUUCUAGACAAUGAUAUCAAUGACUUGGGGUUAGAGCUGACCUUCUCUGUGGAAACGGAUGUUUUUGGAGCAAUGGAAGAAGUGCCUUUGAAGCCCGGUGGUGCAAGCAUAAUUGUCACACAGGAAAACAAAGUGAGAAGUCAUGGAAAUUCUUUCUCAACUGCAAAGCUGAAUCCCUCAAAUAGCAAGCCUCAAAUCCCUCAAAUAAACAAGCCAGUAUUAGGACCUUGGAGAGCUCAUUGUCAAGAAUGCUACUCCUCCAGAUUCAGUGAUCAACUGAGGAUUAAGAAAAAAGGCAGCUCAGCAUGUGAGACCCAAUUUCACACCUGCACUGGGACUAGAAGAGGAUUCCAGGCAACAUCACAAUACCUUCUUGGAAUUCAUGGUGAAAUGAAUGUUUGCAAAAUGCAGACAAAAACUAAAAGGCUAUUAUUGUGGCUUUGGGGAUGGACUCCAUUGGAGAUUUUUUGUGUGUACCAAAUUGAUAUGCUAAGCCUUGUGGAAUAUCUGUGAACACAUUUUACACCAGGUUAUAUACCUGGUGUAAAAUGGUGCCUAUGGAAAUCAGUGGUUUUGUCACUGAAUGCUGGAGGUACAAUCUAAAGGUGCUUUGUGGAUCAGAAAAUGAAAUCAGGCAGGAACUAGACAAGAUUCACAGGCCAAGUGUUCUAAAUCUCACUAAUGCUUUUUCUACACCACCUCACUCUUUUAAUCUAACCAUUCAUUAUUUCACAUUCAUAAACCUCUCUUCUGUCAAUUAGGAAGAUUUUCAUGUUGGGUUUAGCUUUGUCAGGCUUAAUCUUAUCCAAAUGAGCAAAAUUCAAUAUCAUGACAAAGCAGAGUUUCUGGAGAUUACAAAGCUGCCAUUAAAGAGAUUGUGUUUGUGGCAGACUUCCACCAAAUCUAUUACUUAUAGGGAAUACAAUACAUAUUUUGAAGAAGCCCCAGCAAAAAAAAAAAGAAUUAUGAAUCUGAAUUAUGCUUUGUUUAUUAGUGAGUGAGUGAAAAGAUCUCACAACUCUCCCAGAAAAAAGAAAAAGGAAAAGAAAAAGGAAGAGAGAGAGAGAGAAAAAAAGAAAGCAGUCUAGCUGAUGCUGGCAAAUGCACUCUUCAUUUUGUCAAUACAGUCAGCCAUUAAAAAUAAAUGCAUGUGUUUGUUUUUCUCAGUAAUUUUGGCAACUUUCUAAAAAAGUUUCUCUGAUAACAUGUGAGAUGAAUAUUUGCUAAAUUAUUUUUAAUCAAAAAGGUUUUUUUUAUCCUGAUUUGCAUGAUGGUUGAUUCCCAGACUAAUAAAGAUUCAAGACAUCUCUAUAGGUACAGAUAACUGGAAACUUUUCCUGUAUCAGCUAAAAAAUUGCUGUGAUUCAGAUGGAAACAUAGAAUUUGAAUGGCUUCAAAAGUCAUCCAGUUCAAACCUCUGCUCAAUGCAAGGUCUACUAACAAUGAUCAUUCUUUCUCGGUUUGAAAAUUACCAGAAAAGGAGAAUUCACUACUUCAUGUGGCAGGCUGACAUCUUAUAUAUCCAACUUGAUUUCUAUACGUUUGUCUCCUUUGUAGACUAAACACAUUUAGAUCCUUUAACUGUUUCUGAUAGGGCUUGGUUUCCAAACCCUUUACCAUCUUGGCAGCUGCCUUUGAACUAACUGCUACUUGUCAGCUUUUUUAGUUCGGUGGUCAGAACUGAAUAUAAUAUAGCAAAUGGACCAAUUAGAAAAUGGAACAAUGCUUUAAGAUGGAACAAUGGACUUCCUCUGAAUUAGGCUCCAUGUUCCUGUUAAUGCAUCCCAAGCUAGCAUUUGCAGCAGCAGUUGCAUCACACUGCUGCCUCAGAUUUGACAUGUGCUUUAGAUGGAUAUCCAGAUCCCUUCCACAUGGAGAAGACUUUCCAAUCCUAUACUUGGACCUUUUUGUAUCCAGGUGAAGAAGUUCACAUUUCCCCCCUGUAAGAUUCCAUUCUAUUCAUUUCAGCACCCUGCUGAUACUUGUCUAGAUCUUCUCCAAUCUCUUUUCUUUCCUUUGAAGUAUUAGCCAUGCCUUCCAGUUUUGUGUCACCCCAGAAUUUUGUAAGCAUCUCCUCAACCUGCAUGGCUUUGGACCAGGUUAUCUGAGGGACUGUCUCUUGCCGGUCACAUCUACCCAACCCACUAGAGUGGGGAGGCAAGGAAUGUUGAAAGUCCCGUCUCCUAAGGAGAUACAUCUGGCAGGACCAGAAGAAGGGCCUGGUGGCUCCCUGACUCUGGAAUAUCAUUCCCCUGGAGAUUAGACCGGCCCCCACUCUAACACUGUUUCGGAAGGCCCUGAAGAAGUGGUUCUGCCAGCGGGCCUGGGGAAUCCAGAGUGGGAUGCAGUCCAUUAAAUGGUUAGUAUGAAUGUGUGUUGUUGCCAGCAUGGGGGGUGAAGGGUUAUUAUUUUAUUAUUUUUCUUUUUAUUAUAUUUUAUUUCUUUUACAUGGUGUUCUUGUGUCUCUGUAAGCUGCUUUGAGUUGCCAUGUGCGAGUAGGCAGUGAUCAGAGGCAUGGCCAGCGUUGCGGGCGAGAUGGCUGCAAACCCCGAUGUCUCCGGGGUUUGCGCUGAUAUCCCCCUGAAUAGGGGGUCCAUCUGAUUUUUGGAUCGGACCAUAGGUGCCUCGAAGGGACAGCGAAGAGUGGGGGAGCUGCCGGAGUGAACGGGGAGACUGCAAACUCCUUGUAGCUCUGGAUCUUUUCCCCUGACCCAGCGGGGUGGAAUGCAGCACUAUAGUCCAUCAUGGCAGCUGCACCGAAGCUGCGGCGGCCACAAGACUGGGCAGGAAAAAGAAAUAUCAAGAAACAAAUUGUUGAAGUCAGGUGAGUGAUGAUCUCACAAAGAAAAAAUAAGAAUUUAAAAUAGGCACAAGCCUUGGGGAGAACAUGUAGAUUGGCGGCUAAUUGAAUGACAAGUGAAAGUGAAAGUCAAUUUGGAGAAUACACAUUCGGGAAGUGAAAGAGAGAAGAUAGGGCUUGGAAUGGAAGCAGAGCCCCAUUCAGAUAAAGAAAAAGAAAAUAAUUUUUUUCCAACUAAACAAUGGUUUGGAGAUUAUUGGAAGUCUUAAUGUAUUAUAUUGGAAACUAAAGAAAUAGGAGAAAAAAAUAAAAGAAGCUAUUGAACUGUUUUUUACGCGAAUAUCUCAAAUCCCUCUGUUUUAAAUUUAUGGAAUAUCAAAGAUAUCAAUAGGACAUAAGAAUCUGGAAGAUAAAUACAAUUAAGGGAAAAUCUUGGAAAAUUGACCUCCAUGUACCAAAGCAUUUGAGAACAAAGGAAUUUUGUCACCAAAAUGGCUACUUAUUAUUUGUGAGCUGUAACUGUUUCAAAAGGAGAUAUCUAGAGGCAGAGGAAGAUAACUAGAGGAUUGGUGUUGCUGGGACUACACAACAGCUUUAGAAGAGAGUUUCAGAUGGCGUGUCUUUGAACCAUAGAAAUUGAAUUCCCUAUUUAAACAAGAAUCCAGAGGCAAAGAAAGUAUGUAAGAAUGGAAUAGCAGACUAUUCCCCAUAGAGAAAGUUCUGUGGGUGUGGCCACACGACAUUUUUUUGAAAGGAACUUAUGGCUGCCUUUAGAAUUAGAGGCAGAGGAAAAUAGCAAGAGUCGAAUAGUUUUCCUGUGACUAUUUCCAUGAGGAUUGAUGUUGUUGCGACCACACAACAGUUUUAGAAGAGAUUUCUAGAUGGUGUGUCUUUGGAUUAUUGAUUUAAGCAGAAAAUUCCUUAUUUAAGAAGAACUCAGAGGCAAAGAAAGUAAGUAAGAAUUGAAUAGUGGACUAUUCCCACGGAGAAGGUGCUGCUGAUGUAGACACACAACAUUUUUUUGAAAGGAACUAAUGGCUGCUUUUAGAGCUAUGUUAAGAAAUUUAUUUAGAAAAUGUUACUAUCUAUAUUUAUUUAUUUAUUUAUUUAUUAUUUAAAUUUGUAUACCGCCCUUCUCCCGAAGGACUCAGGGCGGUUCACAGCCAAGUAAAAAUACAAUACUAUAAAUACAAAUUAAAAUACAGUUAAAAAACUUAUUAAAAUUGGCCAGAAUUAAAAUUUAAAACUAAAACCCAUUAAAACCCAUUAAAACCCUAACCCAGU